AUGAAACCCACUCGCAGAUUCAACAAGCCCGAUCCAGUCUCAAAGAAACUGUGGAAGGAAAAGUUUUUUCGGUUCAAAGCUCUGAAGUCAGACGUGGAGAACUUCAUGCUCAAUGAUUUUCUGGUUUUGGAGGAGGUAAUUGGGUUGACAACAAAGAAUAACAAUGGGUUAGCUUCAAAUUCCUUGAGCUCCAAAUGUGCUUAUUUGGCAGGUUCAGUGGUGGUGAUUUAUGAUAUGAAUUUGGGCACUCAGUCGCACCUCAUGGUGUCUAAUAGAACCCCAAAGCCUUUGAGUUGCGUAGCUUUGUCACGAGAUGGACACUUUGUCGCGGCCGGAGAGGUUGUAGUGUGCGGUGCUAUUGUGGUUGAUGCUCUUAUGCUAUAUGAUAUUGUUGAAAAUAUGAUGAGGCUAGGUAUUGAUGUGUUUGUAUCUAUAUGGUUCAAUGGGUGUGAAUUGGUCAAUAGGAUUCCUCAUUCAGUAAUAGUAGGAAACCAGUCAUCAGUACUAGUAUGGGAUUCUUUUACUUCAUCAGUUGUCUCUGAAUUGAAAGGCCAUCUAUAUGGAGUUACAUGCAUCUGUCUCUCACCGAAUGGUAAACAUCUGGUAUCUGUUGGAGGAUAUAUUUACCUUUGGAACUGGCGAAGUGGUGAUCUGGUAACGAAGCUUCAAGCAACUUCUUCUUGUUCUACGAUUUCAAGUGUUAGUUUCUCCUCAGAUGCAAAAUUUUUUGUAACUUCUGGGAAGAAGCACUUGAAAUUCUGGAUACUUGGAUCUUCUAGAAAGACUCAACUAAAUGGAGGGAUGAGAAAGACUACAUCAUUAGCAAUAUAUGAAAAGCCUGCCAAUCUUUCUAUUCAUAAAGCAAGCUCUGUUACAUCUAUCAGUUCUGUGUGGGGCUGUAAUGGCUAUGAUAAUUGCAAACAAGUUGGUGAUUGCUUUCCCAUAUAUACAUUGACUGAUUCAGGAAUUUUAUACCUUAUUAAUUCUGGGAUGUCAGUUGAAAAGUCUGUGACAUUGAGGGUUCGAAAAGCUUUUGCAUUAUCAACAUCAGGAAAGCUAAUUGCUUGUGCAUGCAAUAAUGGAACAGUCCAAUUAUUUACCCCCAUCUCUCUAGAAUAUGUGGGUAGUAUAUUAUAUUCAAAGACAAAAAGGUUACUUGAAGAAAGCAAUUUAGUUAGCCACACUAUAGCUCCCGAACAGGCUUCUGAACAAUUGCUUAACCUGCCUGAUGCAAUUGCCUGUCAGUUUUCAGCCUUAGAAAAGAUUGGUUGUUUGGGGGGGAUUUCUUUUGCAACUUGCUCUGCUGAUGGUACAAUCAGGAUAUGGGAUAUUGCUUUGCAAUCUGAUUUUUCAAAUGAUGCUGAAGAUUUGAAGACUGAACUAUUGAGUUCUUCAUGUUUAGUAGCUGCUGGGACAUAUGAACGUGAUGCAGUUAAGGCAGAUCUCACCAAUCGAGAGUUUCGGUCACUUGCUGUUAGUCCAGAUGGAAAUUACCUUGCAGCUGGUGAUUGCAAAGGAAACCUUCAUAUAUACAACCUUCAAACAUCAGAUUACACAUGUUUCCAAGGUGCACAUGAUGCUGAGAUUCUUACAUUGAGCUUCACCUUGUCCACCGUAGAUAUAUCUGAGGAAAUUGCAAAAAACAAUUACUUUCUUGCAUCAGGGGGGCGAGAUUGUAUGAUCCAUCUCUAUGAUGUGAAAAGAAAUUUUGAUCUUAUUGACAGCAUUGAUGAUCAUUCGGCUGCAGUGACUUCUAUUAAAAUUAGCAGCAACGGUUGCAGGAUCCUCAGUUGUAGUGCUGAUAGUUUCCUGGUGCUUCGAGAUGUGGUGAUAGCAGAUAAUGGUUAUAAAAUUUUGCAACAACAUCGCCAAAGGGCUUUACAACGUGGAACUGUCUAUGACAUGGCUGUGGAUAAGACAUGUGAGACUGUUGUCACUGUUGGGCAGGAUAUGAAGAUAAAGACGUUUGACAUGGCUGCUCAGAAACUAAUUAGGUCGUACAACCAUGAUAAAAAAUUUGGAGAACCUAUAAAGAUGGUUGCAAAGGCAACGGGGCAUGCUGAAAUUGUUACUGGUGUCAUCUUCUUGCCUGAUUGCAAGCAUAUAGUUUCUGUGGACGGUAACGGUUGUGUUUUUGUGUGGAAAUUGCCUGCUUCAUUGUCUUCUAGAAUAUUGGAGAGAAUAAUGGAAAAAAAUGAUCCAUUGUCUCCAAGAAGCUCUGUUCAGCCUCCCUCUCUUAGUUACCUAUUAUUUUGUAAAGAAGAAUUCCAACAUUCCAAGAUAAAUGCUGAGGGAGUUUGGUCAAUGAGGAACAACAGCCGAAACGGGGAUGGAAUGCUUUAUCCUGGAACCAGUCAUAAAGAGGCUUCAUCUUUUAAAUUUAGUGUGUCAAGACUUCCCAAAUGGGCACAAGCAAAAGUGACCAGUUCAAACGGUGUCUGCACGAAUCUUAAUUGCACUUCGUCAGAGGUUUAUGCUCCUUUAUCCCCCGAAGUUCAAAUUCCAUCUGAUAAUGCUUCUCCACUGCCUGAUACUGUGAACGCUCAAGAUUCUUCAAGGUUUGGAGGAACUUAUAGCAACAUUCCAUUAGACAACCAUUGGCACUCUGUUUAUACUGUUUGUAUGGAGGCGCUUUCCUCUCCUGAGAUGCUUGAUUUAUGUAAGACAAAGUUUCCCGAGAUUCCCUUGAAUAUAAGACAACAUAGGGCUUUGGUUAGUGUGGACCAGAACUCCUUUGGGCUUAGUAACCGUAGCAAGAAUGAAAAUAUGGGUGUUACUCCACACCAACAUGUUGGUUGCAACAAUAAUGAUGUUUCUUGGUGUUCUGAAGAAGUUUCUGAGAGUAAAGCAGAGACGUUGUAUUUGAGUGACUCUGGAAGUUUGUCAAAACCAACUACUGAAGGCAAUUUGGGCAGUCUACCGUCUGAAGAAGACAGCGACUUGUUUAAGCAACAUUUUGGUAGCUUAUCAAAUACACACAAGGCAGAGUCAAGGAAUUCAUUAGUUAGAAGGUUUUCUGCAAGAUAUAUUGUGCAAUGGGAUUACCCAGGGGAUUGCAAGAAACUGUUUAGCAGUCCUGUUUUGAAUACAAGUGGUAGAAAGAGCACUGAGGAUGACGGUGCAACUCAUAACAUACCAGAAGACAGAUCCUUGCAGAUGAAGCAAAUUGAGGAAUUGCGAAAUUCUUCGGAAGAGGACAUCAAGAAUUCGGAACCUUCAGCAGAUUCAACAUGUGAACUAAUCAAAUUCGCAGUCAAAGAAAAUUCAUUUGAUAAAGGGAGUGAACUGGGAGAAACUAUAGCCGCAUGCAGGGAAGCAUUUGGUAGCUUGGAUGUCGCAUCUGAGAAUGCGCUGCGAUUAUAUUCAGAAUUAGAAAAGUUUCAAGGGGAAGAGGUUGCAACUGGAGUAGGAGCUCAAUUUUUAGACGAAGCAGCUGAGCUACUUCCUCUAGUUGUUAAGAAAGUUAAUGCUGUUGCCAGAAUGGUGCAAUGCAGGAAGAAGGGUAAGUGUGAAGGUACACUAAGUGUCCCAGAAAUGGAUCAGUCUGAUAGAUUUGCCGAAGGUAUGAUCAGAUAG